AUGUUUGGGGGUUUGGGGUGGCCUGUGGGCCAGGGGUUUGAGGUUCAUGGGAAGAUCCCUCCAGUGCUCUCCACUACGAGCCUUUUGCAAGCAGUUGCACAGGUACCUACUGCGGAGGAAGUGGUCGUCAAGUCCCAGCCAAGGGCCAAGGACGAUGCCCAGGAGGAAACCUCCACCCGCUCCCCGGCCCCGUCAAUGGAAAUCGACUCCACCCCACCCGCUGCCCCGGAAGUCGACGUGGCUGUGCCGGAAGUCGACGCUGCGGCAGGAGAUGCCACAGCUUCGGCCCCGGCGGAAGCGGAAGCCCCGGCGGAGCCGGCCGAGGUGAAGCCCGUGGUGCACGAGACCAGGUUUGGACUCUUGCUCGAGAAAUUCAAAGCCUGCGAAAUGCGGGACGAGACGCGUGCCCUCACGGACAUCGACAUGGCCAAGUUCUUCGAGGCCUGCGAUCUCUAUCGCGACAUGCUCUCCAAGCUUGGCUCCGCGGCUGGCAUCGUCUUGAAGGACAUUGAGGGCAACCUCAAGAAGGCCCAGGUGGUGUACAAGGAAGCGCCGGAAGCGAGACAGACCUUCUCUGGCUACCUGAAAGCUUCGUCCGUUGAGGGCGUCACCUGGCUAUUGAGGGGCGUGGAGUUCUUCAUGACGAUGAUCAACCUGAUGUUCACAGAGGAGAAGAAGGGUAACGCGGGGGUGGAGGCCUACAAGCAGACCUUGAUGCAGUACCACGGCUGGAUGCUCCAGAAGACCGUGAAGCUUGGCAUGCGCGCCAUGCCUGGCAAGGAUGGCAUCGUCAAGUCCGAGGGCCUCAUCAUAGGUGAUGUGCCUGCCGACCAAAGGACAAAGGUUUGCGAGCGCGACGCACCUGCAGCCUCCGCUGCAGGGCUGGAAGUGGUGCGGUGGAUGGUGGAGCUGAUGAAGAAGGAAGACUUGCAUGCAUCCCUGUCCCGCGGUGUCAUACACACCAAAACUGCCGAGCUAAACAUGGGCUGCAGCCAGGCACCUCAGGCAUCUCCCGCCGCGGAGGUCGUCGUCAGCCCCACGCCCAAGGCCAAGUACGACGCCCCGGAAUCCGCCUCAGCUCCGUCUCCGGCAACCACUGUUCCGGGGGAUGCCGUGUCUUCAGCUCCGGUGGAAGUGGAUGCUACGCCUCAAGCAGUGGAAACAGCCGAUGUCAAGCCAGUGGUUCAUGAGACAAGGUUCGGGCUCUUGCUGGAGAAAUUCCGAGCCUGCGAAAUGCGGGACGAGUCCGGCGCCCUCACGGACAUCGACAUGGCCAAGUUCUUCGAGGCCUGCGAGCUCUACCGCGACAUGCUCUCCAAGCUUGGCUCCGCGGCUGGCUUCGUCUUGAAGGACAUUGAGGGCAACCUCAAGAAGGCCCAGGUGGUUUACCAGGAAGCACCGGAAGCAAGAGGGACCUUCUCCGGCUACCUGAAAGCUUCUUCCGUUGAGGGCGUCACCUGGCUGUUGAGGGGCGUGGAGUUCUUCAUGACCAUGAUCAAGCUGAUGUUCACCGACGAGAAGGGGAAUGCUGGGGUGGAGGCCUACAAGCAGACUCUCAUGCAGUACCACGGAUGGAUGCUCCAGAAGACCGUGAAGCUCGGCAUGCGGGCCAUGCCGGGGAAAGAUGGCAUCAUCAAGUCCGAGGGCCUCGUCCCAGGCGAUGUGUCGCCCGAGCAGAGGACAAAGCUUUGCGAGCGCGACGCGCCUGCGGCCUCCACGGCAGGUCUGGAAGUGGUGCAGUGGAUGGUGGAGCUGAUGAAGAAGGAAGGGAAAUGGGAUGCCAAAAAAGCGUGA